GACAAAACUAAUAAAAUAACUGGUUCGGCAGCCUUAAACAUUAAAUGAUAGAAGUUCAAUAUAUCAUCUCUUAUUCAAAGCACGUCCAGUUGUUUUAGUAUCGUCUUAUGUCGACGCCGCAUCCCAGUCGCUGUGCGUCGCAUUUUCUACCACUUUGUUUGUCAAUGAGAAAGGAAAAAAACGACACUUUUGACGGUAUCCUGAAGGCAGCGGAACCGCUUGAGCUAACAGAUGACUGUGUCGCGAACGUAGCAACAGUAGCGCUGCAUGUCAAAGGAGACUGGUUGCAACUGAUGAGACGUCCUCUGACUAAAUAACUUCAACGGACCAGCUGCGUUAUUCAAGAAAAUGGUAAAAUGUUUUUGAAAAUGUUUGGGGGAGUGCGCCAACCUCGACUGAGUUGCACACUAGCAAGUCAAACAGACGUAGCUUAGAUAGCUUAGCAACAUAGGUUACCACUGAAGUAUGGCUAUGGUAUUUACAAAUGUGAUAUUACGCGAAUGUCUUUGUCUUAUAUACACCUGUUUAUUAAAUUAACGUGAAACAAACCCAUUGAUGCUUUGGCUUCAGCAUCACUGUUGCAUGAAAGUAUAGAGGAGGCACGGUUAGCAAAAGACUAGGGUGCCAUUCAACGAAGUGCUAACAGUUGAAUAAUAAGCUAACGGUAACUCCCCCUUGUACCUUUACACAAUACCAAAAUAAUUAACGACUUAUUGUGCUUACUGUAACACUUACAUUCUCAGUCUAAUACUCAGAUUCGAGAGCUGUCCAACCCGUCUGUGUGCAUGAGAGACCCGCAGAAGGUCCAGGAGAUCCUUGAGUCCAUGGUGAAAGCUGGCUCCAACACCGUGCAGGUAUGAUAAUGCAGACAAGAUCUACUCCACAUUUCACUGUUAUAUCCUAAACAUGCACUGUAUGAAGACACUGUUUGGAGAGUUUAGGAUUUUCUGUGUUUCUUUCAGGUGAUCUCAGAUUUUGAUAUGACCCUAACAAGAUUUGCCUACAAUGGAAAAAGGUGUCCUACCUGUCACAGUAAGUUCACUGGUUAGAAAGCUUCCACUUAGGGUUGGUUUAAGUUAAGGAUAUGUUUGAGGAUACAUCAUUUGUCUGUGUUUUGUUUUGGCAGAUAUCCUAGACAACAGCGAUCUCAUCUCCAGUGAGUGCAAGGAAAAGGUAAGAAUACAAAAGCAGAUUAUCGAUUCAUGCCAUGCCUGUAUAAUUUAAACUACAAGUUUGCACAUCUUUAAAAAUAGACACAGCAAAAGCAUCACAGUGUUUACAUAUCGGAUUUUCGAUUUGUCAACAGUGAACAAUAGGAAAGUAACGGUUAAAAGUAACAGUUAAACAGUUCAGCUUUUAAUUGGAAGAGAGUCUGUUCAAAUUAGAAGUAUUCAACACAAGAAUUUAUUUGUUUUAUGUGUGUCUGCCUUUACUGAUGAAUUUAGUCUUUCUGCCCUCUGGUGGGCAACAGGGAACGUAUAACCAAACAGGUGACUGCAGAAAUGUGGAGCCUCUUUGUUCCACUCAAACCUUAAACCCUCUCAAGCAUCAUCUUAUUUGUAUUAGUGGUUAUCUGGACGUUUAAGUCUUAUAAACCUUUAAUACCUCUUACUUGGGAUCAAUAAUCCCUCAAACCUGCCCUCAUUUAUUCCUUUCUCUCCUUGAGAUAAAGCAUUGUGAACUGAGCAUAAUCUCUUAGUUUAAUUGGGUGCAGUGCUAGGUUUCCACAUGUUUAUGUUCUAGUUUGGUGUUGAUUUUCCUUGCUUAUGUCAGUUGAAGGAGCUGCUCAACACAUACUACCCAAUAGAGAUAGACUCUUCACGGUCAAUAGAGGAAAAGCUGCCCCUAAUGGUAGAGUGGUGAGUAUCUAACACAGCUUAUCCAAUAAUUAGGAUAUUUUGCAGUCUGUGUUCAAAAACUGUGCUGUACUUUUACUUUAUAGGUGGACAAAAGCCCAUGAACUUCUGGUUCAGCAGGAGAUAAGGAAAGAUCUGCUGGCUGGGGUGGUGCGGACUUCUGAUGCCAUGCUGAGGUCAGAAAACCUGUUCCCUAAGAAGACCUUAACGUCUAUUUGACAGGUCAAAUGUUCAUAUGAGUCCUUCAAAAUCACUGUCUUUCUAACAGGGAGGGCUACGAGGUCUUUUUUAACCGCCUGCGUGAUCACAGCAUCCCCCUGCUCAUCUUCUCUGCUGGAAUAGGAGACAUUUUAGAAGAGGUCAUUCGUCAGGCUGAGGUCUUCCACUCUAAUGUCAAAGUCUUCUCCAACUACAUGGAUUUUGAUGAAUCUGUAAGUAGCUGCUGCAUAAAAAACCUACUGAUCUGAUUUAUUUAGACUACAUUUAUUAAGUACUGUUGUUGUUUGCCGGGACAGGGGGUAUUAAAGGCUUUCAAAGGAGAGCUGAUCCACAUCUACAACAAAAGAGAAGGAGCGCUGCUCAACACAGGCCACUUUCAAGAGCUACGGACGCGACCUAACGUGCUGCUACUGGGAGACUCUCUGGGAGAUCUGACCAUGGCUGAUGGGGUCCAGGACAUGGAAAACAUUCUCAAGAUAGGCUUCCUCAAUGACAAGGUAAAGAGGGCACACACACGCUACCUAAGACUCUGGGAUUAUUCGUACAAAGACAGCAGCAUCUUUGAUUUUCAUUCUCCCUCUUUUUUUGCCUUCAGGUAGAGGAAAGGAAACCGUCAUACUUGGACUCGUAUGAUAUUGUGUUGGUAAAAGAUGAGACCUUGGAAGUCCCUAAUGCUGUUCUUCGCUACCUCACUGAGAACAAGUGAACUGAGGAUACCACUGGCCAGUUUGUAUCUGACACUCCAGUGCCAUAAGCUGAGGAGGCGCCUGUUAAAGGCUUAUUGUCACCCAACUAAGAAUGUUUCAUGAUACUUUGUUCCAAAAUUUUACACAAGUCCAGUUGACAUUCACCCUACAUGUACAUGUUCAUGUUCAGAAACUUUUGUCCAUCAGCCUCCUCUUUGUCCCCCUUUUGGAUGAUAGAGUGUUUGAUGGAGGCUAGAUUUGUUCACUUUUAUGUGUGGCUAUGAGUGUUUUUUUAAUUGUCUGGGGGAAAUGGGUUUUGCCUGAAAGUUUCAGUCCUUAUAUAGACUUCAUGAUAAAGGGAAACAAAAACGCACAACAUAAACGGCAGAGCUCAUCUCAGUAUUUGGUAUGAAACUGGUUUCAAGCCUCUAACAACAGCUAAUUUUCACCCAACAUUUUUAAAAGUGUGUUUUAUUACCAUGUCGAGUCUUCCACCCCCUGGUCACAUUUUUCAGACGCACAGUUAUGGAUGUUUGUUUUGUGGAAACGUUGUUUUAUGUGUGUAACACCACAGAUUUCACUGUCAUGUUAAUAACAUUUAAAUACACAAAACUCAAGUCAAAUGGCAUGUUAGAACUAAAAGCUACCUCAGUAAUGUUACAGUUUUAUUCAGAAACAAACAUUUUCAGAGUAGUGUUGUUAUUUUACACUCAUGAGUAAUUUCACAUUUAGUUGAUGAGACAAGUCUUUUACUGUACAACACAAACAGUUUCAUAGAAUUUGUUACAAAUACUAAAUAUUUUAUUGUGAACAGUGUACCAUGUCACUCCAUCUCUGUUAUCUAUUCUCAACAGUUGCCUCUUUAUACGUUCCAACUUUUCUCAAAUAAAACAUGGUCCUAGGUGCUUUGUUGUUUCAAUGAAUUCAACAUGUGGUUAAAGUGAUGAAUUAAAAUCUACAAAGCUAA